AUGCUGGCCUCAGCGCCGAUCGAGGACACAGCCACCACACAGUGCCUCGCCACCGCGAGGACACAGCCACUAAACAGUGUUUCACCUCAGCGAGGACACAGCCACCACACAGUGCCUCGCCACCGCGAGGACACAGCCACUACACGGUGUCUCACCUCAGCGAGGACACAGCCACCACACAGUGUCUCGCCUCAGCGAGGACACAGCCACCACACAGUGUCUCACCUCAGCGAGGACGCAGCCACCACACAGUGCCUCACCUCAGCGAGGACACAGCCACCACACAGUGUUUCACCUCAGCGAGGACACAGCCACCACACAGUGUCUCGCCACCGCGAGGACACAGCCACUACACAGUGUCUCACCUCAGCGAGGACACAGACACCACACAGUGUCUUACCUCAGCGAGGACACAGCCACCACACAGUGUCUCGCCACCGCGAGGACACAGCCACUACACAGUGUCUCACCUCAGCGAGGACACAGACACCACACAGUGUCUUACCUCAGCGAGGACACAGCCACCACACAGUGUCUCACCUCAGCGAAGACACAGCCACCACACAGUGUCUCACCUCAGCGAAGACACAGCCACCACACAGUGUCUCACCUCAGCGAGGACACAGCCACCACACAGUGUCUCACCUCAGCGAAGACACAGCCACCACACAGUGUCUCACCUCAGCGAAGACACAGCCACCACACAGUGUCUCACCUCAGCGAGGACACAGCCACCACACAGUGUCUCACCUCAGCGAGGACACAGCCACCACACAGUGUCUCACCUCAGCGAGGACACAGCCACCACACAAUACGUAA